AUGACUGCUGUUUCGCCUAAGAGUUCGAAGAGAAAGGCCUCGGAGGAGGUUGCUUCCCCGGACUCUCAGCAGCAGGCAAGCAAGAAAGCGCGCACUGAUUCGCCAGAGAAAGAAGAGGAAGAUGGCCCCGCUCUGAAGCCGCCUCUGCGCAUUGUACCCUUCCCCGAGAAGCCUGCUGUGUUAGAAGAGCGUCGAGGCGAUAUUGAGUUCCGGGUCGUCAAUAAUGAUGGAUCGCAUGAUAGCUUCAUCGUCCUUACCGGGCUGAAGUGUAUCUUCCAGAAGCAACUUCCCAAAAUGCCCAAGGACUAUAUUGCUCGACUAGUGUAUGACCGAUCGCAUUUGUCAAUUGCGAUUGUAAAGCAUCCACUAGAAGUUGUUGGAGGAAUCACAUACCGGCCAUUCAAUAGUCGCAAGUUUGCGGAAAUUGUCUUCUGUGCCAUUUCCUCGGACCAGCAGGUCAAGGGUUACGGCGCGCAUUUGAUGUCUCACUUAAAGGAUUAUGUUAAGGCUACCUCUCCCAUUAUGCAUUUCCUCACCUAUGCGGAUAACUACGCCAUCGGAUACUUUAAGAAACAAGGCUUCACCAAAGAAAUCACUCUCGAUCGAUCAAUCUGGAUGGGUUAUAUUAAGGACUAUGAGGGCGGUACCAUCAUGCAGUGUACUAUGCUCCCCAAGAUUCGAUACCUUGAGAUGGGGCGAAUGCUGUUAAAGCAGAAGGAGGCUGUGCAGGCGAAGAUUCGGGCCUUCAGCCGGUCACAUAUUAUCCACCCUCCACCCAAAGAGUGGAAGAACGGGGUGAAUAAAAUUGAUCCGCUAUCCAUCCCGGCCAUCAAGGACUCCGGAUGGUCUCCUGACAUGGAUGAAAUGGCCCGUCAGCCUCGUCAUGGACCAAAUCACAACCAGCUGCUGCACUUAUUGAACGAUAUGCAGAAUCACAGCGCUGCCUGGCCCUUCACACAACCGGUGAACCGAGAUGAGGUACCUGACUAUUACGAGGUCAUUCUCGAACCUAUGGAUCUUUCUACCAUGGAGGAGAAGCAUGAAAAAGACAUGUACCCGACUCCACAAGACUUUAUCAAGGAUGCAACAUUGAUAUUUACGAAUUGUCGCCGAUACAACAACGAGACUACACCAUAUGCAAAGAGUGCGAAUAAACUUGAGCGAUUCAUGUAUCAGCAGAUCCGGGCUAUUCCGGAGUGGUCGCAUCUGGCUGAUAAUAACUGA